GGUUGCCAGCAUUCUUCUCAUUUAAAGCUGUAACUACACAAAAAAGCACUCGCACGGAGUGGGCUGGCUCUCUUGCUGCUUUCAGGAGAGUCUCUUCAUGGUAUAGCAGUGAUAACCUGAUCAGUCUUUAUCCCUUUUUUCCCUUGCUUUGCACACAAGGACGGCUCAUGUCUUUCUUAUAGACAUGAUGAGAUUUGUACAUUCAAGGACUUUCUUUCUCCUGGUGGUCUCAGUGGCUCAGCUUUUGUUUGUCAAAUGUCAGGACAAUCCCAGUGGAGAUGACCUGAGCUGCACGGAGAACGGCCAGGUGUACACCAACAGGGACAUCUGGAAGCCAGAGCCAUGCAGGAUCUGCGUGUGUGACAAUGGCAAAGUGCUGUGUGACGAGGUGCAGUGUGACGAGCUGUCCAACUGUGAGCAGGUGAUCAUCCCCGAGGGAGAGUGCUGCCCUGUCUGCCAGAGCGGAGGCUCACCUGACAUCAGCGGGAACGGCCGGCCUGAUGGCAGAGUUUACAAGGGUCAGAAGGGAGAGCCUGGAGAUGUUCCAAUAGUGACUGGAAUAAGAGGUCGUCCUGGACCAAUGGGUCCUCCUGGCUCUUCAGGAUACAGAGGAGAUCGAGGACACAAAGGCAGACCUGGUCUGCGAGGGCCCCCGGGGUACGAUGGAGAGCCCGGGGUGCCGGGGAACUCAGGGGAGCCAGGCCCUCCAGGACACCAGACACACCCAGGGGGUCUGGGUGCCCAGAUGGCAGGAGGCUUUGAUGAAAAAUCAGCUGGCCAAAUGGCCAUGGUGCCAGGAACCAGGGGAGAAGCAGGUACCAGAGGCCCUGUAGGGCCUAACGGGCCGGCUGGACACCCUGGACCACAAGGCCCCCAUGGAGAAGUUGGGGAUCCUGGACAAAUGGGUUCGGCUGGGCCGCGAGGAAUUGAGGGCCCUCCAGGGAAACCAGGAGAAGAUGGAGAAUCAGGAAAACCAGGAAAUGCAGGAGAGAUGGGAUUUCCAGGGUCAGCGGGCGCUCGAGGGUUCCCAGGCACUCCUGGGCCUCCUGGGUUGAAAGGUCACAGGGGUCAUUUAGGCCCCAUUGGUCUGAAAGGUGAAACUGGAGUGGUUGGAUCAAAGGGCGCUACAGGCCCCACAGGUCCUAUGGGAGCACCAGGCCCUAUGGGCCCCACCGGGAUGUCUGGGGAGAGGGGCCGCUCUGGGCCCAGUGGAGCCCCGGGCAUGCGAGGUUCAUCUGGUAACAUUGGCAAACCAGGUCCAAUGGGUCCUCUGGGCAUCAACGGGCCUCCAGGUUAUCCAGGAAGUCCAGGAAUGAAGGGUCAGGCAGGCCCCACUGGGGUCAGGGGUCCGGAGGGGCCCCAGGGACAGAGAGGGGAGACAGGGCACCUGGGCAAAUCUGGACCAGUUGGGAUCAGAGGACCCACAGGGACAGAUGGAGGUACAGGCAGCAAAGGGCCAGUGGGGAACGUUGGCCCCCAGGGAUUGGGCGGCCAUCUUGGCCCGGCAGGUCCUCCAGGACCCCAGGGCAGCACCGGACAGCCGGGUAUCAAAGGACAACUGGGAGACGUGGGAAUCCCAGGGUUCAAAGGAGACUUUGGACCCAAAGGCGAACCAGGGCCUCCUGGUUCGCAGGGUGUGAUCGGGCCCCAGGGCGAGGAGGGGAAGCGAGGUCUUCGCGGAGACUCUGGCUCCAUCGGGCCCUUGGGUCCAGUUGGAGAGCGGGGUGCUCCUGGGAAUAGAGGAUUCCCUGGAGCUGAUGGAUUGCCUGGUCCCAAGGGUGCUGUAGGAGAUCGAGGAACAUCUGGCCUACCUGGUCCCAAAGGUUCUGGAGGAGACCCCGGCCGAACCGGAGAACCGGGUCUUCCUGGAGCAAGGGGCCUAACCGGAACUCCCGGAGUUCAGGGGGCUGAGGGGAAGCCAGGACCUCUGGGGGCUCCUGGGGAGGAUGGUCGGCCGGGCCCAGCAGGGUCCAUCGGGGGCCGGGGGCCAGCAGGGACCAUGGGAGUGCCGGGGCCAAAGGGCUUCAACGGAGACCCUGGCAAGGCAGGAGAGCAAGGGUCAGCAGGAGUAGCAGGUCAGAGGGGUCCUCCUGGGAAAGACGGGGAAGUUGGCCCUGCGGGCCCGGCUGGCCCUGCAGGUGUUGCUGGGGAGAGAGGAGAACAGGGACCUCCUGGAGUGAACGGUUUCCAGGGUUUACCUGGACAACCAGGGCCUCCAGGAGAGCCAGGGAAACCAGGUGACCUGGGGAUUCCAGGAGAGGGUGGUGCCGUCGGUCAAAUUGGACCACGAGGCGAGCGUGGUAUUCCAGGGGAGAGGGGGGAACUGGGGCCCACCGGCCUGCAAGGCCCAAAGGGGAUCCCAGGAGCACCUGGUCCUGAUGGGCCAAAGGGCAGCCCAGGUCCUUCUGGAGCAGUGGGAGACCUGGGGCCCCCUGGGCUGCAAGGCAUGCCUGGGGAGAGGGGCAUCUCUGGGCCUCCAGGGCCCAAGGGGGACAGGGGGGCGAUUGGUGAGAAAGGAUCUGAAGGAACACCUGGAAAUGAUGGUGCAAGGGGUCUUCCAGGGCCCCUAGGCCCUCCAGGACCCAGUGGACCCAGCGGAGAAAAGGGAGAACCUGGACCUAAAGGUCCAUCUGGGCCUGCUGGAUCUAGAGGAGUUCCUGGAGGGAGAGGAGACCCUGGACCCAUUGGAGCGGUCGGAUUUUCUGGAGCACCUGGUCCUGACGGGCAGCCUGGAGUGAAGGGCCCCCCGGGAGAGCCCGGUCAGAAAGGAGACGCUGGCUCUCCUGGACCACAGGGCUUGGCUGGCUCUCAGGGGCCUCUCGGACCUGUUGGUGUGGCAGGGCUGAAGGGUGGCAGAGGGACUCAGGGAGCAUCAGGCCCUACCGGUUUCCCUGGAUCUGCAGGCAGAGUCGGCCCCCCAGGCUCCACGGGUCCUGUGGGGGAGCCGGGACCACUUGGUCUCCCAGGGAAGGAGGGCCCGGCUGGUCUCCGUGGAGACAAUGGUCCCCCGGGCAGACAGGGAGAGAGAGGCCCUCCAGGUCCUACUGGUAGCCUGGGAGACAAAGGAGAUUCAGGGGAGGAUGGACCCACGGGCCCGGACGGACCCCCAGGUCCAGCAGGAACGACAGGACAGAGAGGCAUCGUGGGCCUCCCUGGGCAGAGGGGAGAGCGAGGCAUGCUUGGACUUCCAGGACCAGCGGGUCCUCCAGGGAAGCAGGGGUCAUCUGGUCCCCAGGGAGACAAGGGCCCCCCUGGUCCGCUGGGCUCUCCAGGAGCCAACGGCCCCCGAGGAGACCCCGGUCCUAACGGCCCAGCUGGAUCAGACGGACCACCGGGCAAGGAUGGAGUCAUAGGCAUCAGGGGAGAGCGAGGGGACUCUGGGCCUGAGGGUCUGGUGGGCACAUCAGGAGCCCCAGGCUCCCCGGGACCAGUCGGUGCUCAAGGAGGCUCAGGGAAGAGAGGAGAUGCUGGUUCUAGAGGACCGCUGGGUCCACCAGGGUCCGCGGGCAAGAGAGGUCUAACGGGACCACAAGGCCCCAGAGGGGAUAAAGGAGAUCUAGGAGACCACGGAGAGAGAGGGCAGAAGGGUCACCGGGGGUUCACAGGCCUCCAGGGUCUUCCAGGGCCUCCAGGCACGACGGGGGAACAGGGAGCCUCCGGGAUCAUCGGACCGAGUGGCCAGAGAGGCCCCCCAGGACCAGUGGGCCCCCCAGGCAAGGAAGGGUACAUUGGCCAGCCAGGCCCCAUGGGGCCUCCAGGCACACGAGGGAUCAGUGGAGACAUCGGGCCAGAGGGUCCCCCUGGAGAGUCAGGCCCCCCUGGCCUCCCUGGUUCCCCCGGGCCCCCCACCGCCGCCAUGGACGACAUGUUCGGGGGCCCCCAGGAUUACGACAUGGGCCCCCCUCCCCCUCCAGAGUUCAGCGAGGACGAGGCCCUGCCCAACAGCAACUCUUCGGAGUUCCAGGCCGACCCAGGGGUCCAGGCCACGCUCAAGGCCCUGAGCAGCCAGAUUGACAGCAUGCGGAGCCCCGACGGCAGCAGGAAACACCCGGCCAGGACCUGUGCUGACCUGAAGCAGUGCUACCCCCUGAAGAAGAGUGGUGAGUACUGGGUGGACCCCAACCAGGGCAGCGCUGAGGACGCCAUCAAAGUGACCUGCAACAUGGAGACAGGAGAGACGUGCAUCUCUGCCAACCCUGACAAUGUCCCUCGCAAGGUCUGGUGGAGCGCCUCCAAGAACAAGCCUGUGUGGUUUGGAGCCGACAUCAACCGCGGGACACAAUUCACCUAUGGGAACAAAGACCAGCCUGCCAACGCCGUCUCGGUCCAGAUGACCUUCAUCCGCCUGCUCUCCAAAGAAGCGUCCCAGACCAUCACGUACCACUGCAGGAACACGGUGGCCUACAGGGACGACAAGACCACCGACCUCAAGAAGGCCAUCGUCCUCAAAGCCUCCAACGACCUGGAGCUCAGGGCCGAGGGAAACAACCGCUUCAGAUACACGGUGCUGGAGGACGGCUGCUCGCAAUCCAACAGCAAAUGGGGCAAGACCGUGUUUGAGUACAGGACACAGAAAACAGCAAGACUUCCCAUAGUGGAUAUUGCCCCUGUGGACAUUGGUGGCUCAGACCAGGAGUUUGGCAUCAAUAUCGCUCCAGUGUGCUUCGUAUAAAUGCAACAACAAAAGAUAGAGUAAAUCCCAGUGAUGCAUGGAAGAGGAUCCUGAGACUCUUGAACUGACAGCUGAUCCGAUCAGCCCCCUUGUACAUAAAUCCCUGCGGAGUUCAGGCCCGUGGCAAGAUAUUUAUUGUGCCUUUCCAAUCAUGUUCAAGACCUCCUACCUGGUUUGUUGUUACCCCCAGUGGAAGUAAGAUGAAUGUUUGGUGGCAACAAAGUUUGACAUUUUAAAAAGAAGAAAUCAACAACAUUCCUUUGCUUGCAUUCUUGAUAGAGGAGCAUGACACACUACCACUAAGCAGGCAAGCAAGACACCCCAUGGUUAGGUACAAUAGGACCUGAUCCACUGAUGUAGGCUUUAAUUAGGACAAUUACUGCCAAAUGGUUUGAGCGUACAAAUACUUAAAAAAAUGUUAGUCAUUAACUGCUGUUUGUAAGAUUACAUCAUUCCACGAGAAUUUUACAAUAGCGUAUUUUACUUCUUACAUUGUUUGCUUUUCUUUGUAUACAAAGUGUUUUAAAUAUAAAAAUACAAGUUAUGGUGCUAGUGUGGUCAUGAAUUGAAAAUGUUUUUAAUGGCAUAAUUAUAAUUGUUAUCCUGAUCAAUUUGAUACGACCGAUUCCUGUAUUCACUUAUCCCAACUCUGUACUGACUCUGUUGAAUCAAAAGAUUAAAGUUCCACCAGCUG